UAUGAGUUGUGAUAAUCUAUAAUAAUGAGAUAAAAAAAAUAAGGUUGGCCCUUUAACGCUUCCGUAUAUUUACUUACUUAGUGUCUACCGUCUGAUGAUAUUGUAGACUAUUUCCGUUCGGAAUCGUUUUUCGUAUACAAUUAAUGAUAAUUGAAUUCAAUUUUAACACACUCAUUAUACUCACUCAGUCACUCUACAUCAAGUAUUAUACAGCAGAGUGGUAUCCAAUUUGGCCCGCCUUUUUCAUGUUUAAUAUCAAUGGUUAUAAGUUAUAACCGUUACAUACCUCCACGCAUGGCUAAAUAAAUAUCAAAUAUUUUAUGCCUCCACGGGAUCCACGUCGUUUAUAAUAACAACUGAUAACCGAUAACUGAUAACUUUCCUAUAAUAAUUAUUGUGUAUAAUGAUGCAUAACCAACAAUUAUUUGUACAGAAUAGCGGUUUUGAUUUCCUAGUAAUUACAUAUUAAUAUAUUACGUUUUACUUACGUUUGAAAAUGGCUUCAUCCUUGGAAAACUUGUCAUUGCAAUCUAAAGAAGUCAACAACGAAGAUGAUGUGGUAAACCCGUGGAAUGUUUCUUCAAAGAACAAAACAGGAAUCGACUAUGACAAACUCAUCAGAAGAUUUGGUAGUAGUAAAAUUGAUGACGAAUUAAUUUCGCGGAUCGAGGCUGUUACUAAAAAACCUGUUCACCAUUUCCUUAAAAGAGGAAUAUUUUUUUCACAUCGAGAUUUAUACAGUAUUUUAAAUUUAUAUGAACAAGGAAAACCUUUUUAUUUAUAUACAGGAAGAGGACCUUCUUCAAACUCUCUACAUAUUGGACAUUUAAUACCAUUUAUAUUUACAAAAUGGUUACAAGAAGCUUUUAAUGUUCCUCUUGUUAUACAGUUGACUGAUGAUGAAAAAUACUUAUGGAAAGAUUUAACAUUAGAAGAAGCAAAGGUGUUGUCUGUUGAAAAUGCUAAAGAUAUAAUAGCAUGUGGAUUUGACAAAAAGAACACAUUUAUAUUUUCAGAUUUACAGUUUAUGGGUGAAUGUCCGUCUUUUUAUGCUAAUGUACUGAGAAUUCAAAAAAGUGUUACAUUCAAUCAAGUAAAAGGUAUAUUUGGAUUUGGAGAUAGUGAUGUAAUCGGAAAAAUUGCAUUCCCUGCUGUUCAAGCUGCUCCUUGCUUGUCUUCAACAUUUCCAUUUAUAUUUGGAAAUGAAAAAGUUCCUUGUUUAGUUCCAUGUGCUAUUGAUCAGGAUCCAUAUUUUCGAAUGACCAGAGAUGUUGCCCCUAAACUUGGAUACUUAAAACCAGCUUUAAUACAUUCAUCAUUUUUACCGUCUUUACAAGGAGCUGACACUAAAAUGUCAGCUAGUGAUUUGAAUUCAUCUAUCUAUUUGAAAGAUACUCCUAAGGAAAUAAAAAAUAAAAUCAACAAGUAUGCAUUUUCUGGAGGUCGAGAAACAGUUGAAUUACACCGUGAAAAGGGCGGUGAUUGUAAUGUGGAUAUAUCAUAUCAGUAUUUAAAACAUUUUCUAGAAAGUGAUGAAGAAUUAACUAAAAUUGAAAAAGCUUAUACUUCUGGAAAUAUGUUAACUGGAGAAUUAAAAAAAAUAUUGAUUGAAUCUAUUUCAAAAAUUGUGAAGGAACACCAAACAAACAGAAGCAAAAUUACAGAUGAUGAUGUCAAAGAAUUCAUGACUCCAAGAAAGUUAUCAUAAACUAAGACAAAAACACAAUUAUAUAUUUAAAAAAAAAAAAAUUAAUUUUCAACUUCUAUGUUUUACAUAAUUUAUGUACACACACACACACACACACACACACAAAAAUGUGUUGUUUAAUGU